AUGAGGAAAUCUAAUAAUGAAUAGACUCUUCCCGCUCAAGGAAAUGCCAUUGAUAAACAAUUCUACUACAAUCUCCUAUCUCUCGAGAAGGCCAUCAUUAAAGAACCACAACUGGAUGCUGUACAAUAGGCCUUAGCUAUGUAUAGAAAGUGCGUGGAGUACUUUGACAACAUAUAAGAUCCCAUCAAAUAUUAUUUUUUGGACAAGAUCCAAUAAGCCUUGAGUGAAACCAAAACACUUAUGCUCAUCAUCAAUUCCAAAUCUGAAUUAGAGUCCUCCAAAACCAUUAGUCCAGUCAAACGAUCCUCCAUGUCUGAUCUACCCUCACCUUAAUUAUCUGAUUAAUAGGUUAUGGAUAAGAAACUCAGAUCAAAAUAAGUCACAUUAUAAAUUAAGUUGCAUGAAGCCUCCGAUUAAUAAUCUGAAAUACUCAAUACUAUGGUCACCGACUUUACAACUAAUACAACAAGUACGGAUUAGAAGGUUAGGCAGGAUUUAAAUUAAUAAGCAGACAUAAUACAAGCCAGAUUACUUAAGAGAUAGUAAAGCACAAAAAUAAAAGGUUGUUCAUCGAUGCAAACCUUGUUUUGAUAAAUAUAUAUAAAUAAUCAAUUGUAUUUUCAAUUAACUUGGUGA